UUGCUCUCUUAUGCUCCCACCAAAGAUGUCCCAGCCCGCGCAUCUUCGGUGCACGUACGCCUACAAGUCGUGCACCAACAUGCGCACGUACCGCAACGACGGCGUCCUCCACACGCUCUGCGAAUUCCACCGCAACAAGGCGAAUAUGAUUCAAAAGACGUAUGCGACCAAGCGUCGCCAGCGACUGCGCGCACAGCGCGGUGCGGCCGGCCUCCCGCCGCGCCCCAUCCGGUAUAGCGGCCCCAUGGAACCGAUUCCGUAUCGCCCGCUCGCGCCGCCGACGCCGCUCUCGAUCGAGCCCAUGGACCUCCAAGCUCUCACAAUGUUUCUGCCUGAGAUGACCGACGACAUUGAGCCGACCAACGUGUGGUCAGAAGCUACGCCCCUCUCGGACGAAGAAAAGGAGUUUCUCUCCGAACUCAUGCCGUCCGAGUGACAUCGCCCGCGACUAUUGCGUGCGUGCUAGAAUAUAUAUAUAAAAUCUAAUAAGUUAAACCCCUCGAUAUCGAGAAACCCACA